UUACUCAGAAGACUUUUCAAGUCAGUUCCUAGAAAAAGUUUCCUUCGCAGAAACAACCUAAGAUGGAAAUUCCACCAACAAGAUCUAAAAAACUUCUCAGUCUUGUGACUUGUUUUCUCAGUCACCUUCUUGUAAAUUCAUAGCUAUUUUGUAACUUGAAUUUUUCCAACACCCCUUUGAACAAAGAGUCCUAUAUAUAGAGAUUAUAAACCAAACAUGAAAACCAGAAUCAACACACACAGAUCUUUGAACUCAGAAACCAUGGAUGAGAAAGCAGAUUGGUCUCAACUCCCCAUAGAGCUAUGGCCCAUCAUAGGAAAAUAUCUUGACAGUCACAUAGAUAUCAUCAGAUUUCGCAGUGUAUGUAAAUCACAUCGUUCUUCCAUUCCUCCUUGUCUUCCAAAUUCUCCUUCUUUUCCUCUACAAAUACCUCACCCUAUCUACAACAACACAAACACCUUCCUCAAUCAAUCUACCAUUUAUCUCAUUGAACCAACUGAUGCAAGUUCCAACUCCAAUUUAGCACCUUUAACACCAUCUUCUAACAAAGGGUGGUUGAUUAAGGUGGAAGAAUCAAAGAAUCAACCUUUGAGUUUGUUGAGUCCUAUCUCCGACCGCAAAUUAUCAUACCCUUUAAGCUACAGCACUUCUGUGAUGCUAUGGAACUUGUUAGAUUAUAGGGUCAUUGAACUAUGCAAAUCCUAUACAAUUCAAAAGACUACACGUUUUUCAAGUUCUGUUAGCAAAGUUGUGUUCUUUCCUAACUCUCCUUGGAUUGAUGUUGAAGAUUGUGUAGCUUGUUGCAUCUUUCAAGAGGGUAAACUAGGAUUCAUGAAACAUGGUGAUGAAAAAUGGAAACUUGUGGAUGACAAGAAUUUCUACUAUGAUGAUGUUAUUGUGUUCAAGGGUCAAAUUUAUGUUACUGAUAAAUGGGGAACUAUUUCAUGGGUUGAUAUAACUUGUUUAAGGUUGAUACAAUUUUCACCUCCUUUGUGUGGUUUUGGAAACAAGAAACAUUUGGUGGAGUCAUGUGGAUGUCUUUAUGUUGUUGAUAGGUACUUUGAAAGUGAAAGCAUGAGAGGGAACUAUGGUGGACGACGACACGAUCGAGACGCUGUUGUGGAAUGUUUUAAAGUUUAUAAGUUGGAUGAAGAAUGGGGAACUUGGGUUGAUGUCAAAAAUCUGAGAGAUAGAGCUUUCAUUUUGGGAAAUAGUUGUAACUUUUCUGUUUCAGCUGAAGAAUUAAUUGGAUAUCAAAGGAAUUGCAUCUACUUUAGGGAUACUUUUGAUGUUCGUAUGUAUGAUUUGGAUGAUCAUAGAAUCGUUACCAUUGAUUUUAAUCCUUGCAUUGACAAGAAUUUGUUGUCUCAGCCACCUUGGUUGAGAUGUCAGAGGACAUAACAUAACAAGUCUAAUAACUUAGUUUCAAAGUUAAAAACGGUCAAUUCAAAUAAGAACAACUUCCCCUUAAAGAAGUGUAGAAUGAAGAGUGAUGUGUCUAUUUGGCAUAAAAAUGGAGCUAUCUUGAUAUGUAAAACAUUAUUUGGCUUGCUGAUUAAUUUUUAGUUCAUUUACUAAAUGAUUAGUAUCACAAGCUAGUUGAGAUGAAAAGCUUCUUGACUCACCGGAUCACGCUGCAAGAAUGAAGAAUUUAUCAGUUAUCUUAUCUUUGUUCCACCACUACUUGUAGUAUAUAUUGAGAUUAAAAUAAAGUAUGUAAUUUGAGGAUGGAAAGCUAUGUGAGAAUUUAUUGUCAAUGCAUGUAAUUUUUGUAUUAUAAUAGUGCUGGAAUAAUAUUGCAAAUAAAUGUAUAUCUUUCACCACAUUAGUAAUUUUACAUGUUA